GUACUGCUGUCAUCAUACGCAGUUGCCGUGACUCGCUUUAUUGUGUUUGCUGUUCGGCCACGUGACAGUCGCCUCUCGCCUUGUCCCGGAAGAAAGCCGAGGCGAGGCUUCAGGUGCUCCCUCGCCAGAAGGGAGUAUGUAGUAGGGUGGUUGGCUCUACGUACGGGAGAGGUUGAAACUCGGAGGUUUCGAAGUUGGCCAUGGCGGCGGCUGCUGUUCUGGAGCCCGCAAGCGAGGACUGGGAGCAGCCUCUUUUGAACGGAGACGGAGACGAAAGAUCUAAGGAUGUUACGGAAACAUUGCAACAAUACAAGAGCCGGUGGAGAUCCAUUCGAAUAAUGUAUCUUACAAUGUUCUUCAGCAGUGUUGGUUUCUCUAUUGUCAUUAUGUCAAUAUGGCCCUAUCUUCAACAGAUAGAUAAAACUGCAGAUCCAAGUUUUCUUGGCUGGAUUAUUGCUUCAUACAGCAUUGGUCAGAUGAUAGCUUCUCCAUUCUUUGGAACGUGGUCUAAUUGCAGGCCAAGAAGAGAACCUCUUGUGGUUUCAACUGCUAUUUCAAUAGCUGCCAAUUUCCUCUAUGCUUAUAUCCAUUUGCCCCCUUCACACAACAAAUACUACAUGCUAGCUGCUCGAGCAUUGGUGGGGUUUGGUGCAGGAAAUGUAGCAGUAGUUCGCGCAUAUAUUGCUGGUGCCACCUCUCUUACUGAAAGAACUAAUGCCAUGGCAAACACUAGUGCUUGCCAGGCAGUGGGAUUCAUACUGGGACCAGUUUUUCAGACUCUCUUUUCACUUAUUGGAGAAAAAGGAAUCUCAUGGAAAACAAUUUAUCUUCAGCUGAACAUGUACACAGCUCCCGUUUUAUUUGGAAGUCUUCUAGGAAUUAUUAAUAUUGUUCUGAUAAUUGCCAUAUUUAGAGAGCAUCAUGUAGAUGACAUGGGACGACCACAAAAUAGUAUUAAUACUGAAAGUGAAGAAAACAAUGAAGUGGUUCAAGAUAAUCAGCGAUACAUUGACCAUGUGGCUGUGGUAUCAACAAACUUUCUUUUCUUUGUUAUCCUAUUUAUUUUUGCAGUUUUUGAAACCAUAGCUACACCAUUAACAAUGGAUAUGUAUGCAUGGACCAGAAAAAAAGCUGUGUUUAUCAAUGGCUUAAUUCUUGGUGCCGUUGGCAUCGAAUCAGUGGUUGUGUUUUUAGCAGUUAAAGAACUUUCUAAAAGGAUUGGUGAACGUGCAAUCCUCUAUGGAGGUCUAGUCGUUAUCUUGAUUGGAUUCUUUGUUCUGUUACCUUGGGGAAAUCAGUUACCUAAUAUCCAAUGGGCAGACAUAAGGAAUAAUUCUACUCCAGGAAAGAUCUUUGGUGAAACCUUUGCAUUUUUGUGGAUGUCACAAAUUGAAUUUUCAUCCAAUACUACAGCUGAAGCAACAGGAUGUCCUAGUAUACAAUCUUGGUGCAGUUAUACUCCAGUAAUUCAUCUGGGCCAGUAUAUCACUUCUGACAUUUUAAUAGGAUUGGGAUAUCCAGCCUGUAAUGUGAUGUCAUAUACUCUAUAUUCAAAAAUUUUAGGGCCAACACCUCAGGGUAUUUAUAUGGGAUGGCUUACUGCUUGUGGAAGUGGUGCACGCAUUCUGGGCCCGGUAUUUGUCAGUCAACUCUACAGUUCCUUAGGACCCCGCUGGGCAUUUGGUUUCAUCUGUGGAAUUGUCGUUCUUUCUCUCUUACUACUUGAAGUGGUGUACAAGAGACUUAUUGCAUUUUCAGUCAGAUACGAGAGCCUACAAGAACAGAUCUCCUAGCUAACUCUGCUCAGUCUUGUUUUACUUUAAUCAUUAUUUGCUCUUUUCAGUAUUUUGCAUUUUUGGCAGAUGGUUUAUAGAAUUAUCAUUCACUUGGACUGACAGUAUUUCCACCACCAGAUUUAUAUCAGUUUAAUACUGGAAAUGACAGACUGCGAUAUAGUAGAUGUUAUUAUUUUGGAGCUGCUUUAAGAAAUGUAUUUAAAAUACAUUGAUUCUGUGAAUCAUGUCUUAAAUUGGGAGUUGGCUUACCUGAACGCCCCUUCUUGGAGAAGUGGGAACGCUGGUCAGGCUGGGGUUUCUCCCGUGUCUAGCCAAUCAGGACUGAGUCUGCUCAAUUCUUUUGGCCCCACUCCUUUGCCUUCCAGCUUUUCGGUGAGGACGCUGUAGCAGACUGAUGUGUCUACCUGAAACGAGAAAGAAUUAGUAGCCAUCCCACCCCGACACCCCUUGAGUCGGCAGGAAUACCCCAGGGCGGGGCUGACCGGCAUUCCCACUUCUCCAAGAAGGGGCGUUCAGGUAAGCCAACGCCCAUUCUCUCAGUCAGUGGGAACGCUGGUCAGGCUGGAGACAUACCAAAGUAGACGUCCUCAUCAGGUGGGAAACUGCUGGCUCUCCAAGGAUCGGUCCUACAGGAUUUGCUGAAGAACACGUCUGCCAAAAGCCGUGUUCACUGACCCGUAUGCAUCCAAUUUAUAAUGUCUUAUGAACAGUGUCGGGGAUGACUAGGUGGCCGCAGUACAAAUCUCCCGAAUUGAAGCGUGUGUGUUCCAUGCAGCUGAAGUUGCUGCACUCCGGGUAGAAUAAGCUGAAAUGCGCCUUGGAACUGGCAAUGAUUGGUGCUGGUAAGCUGUCGCAAUCAUAGAUCGGAUCCAUCUGCUCAACAUGCGAGAGUUAAUCUUUAGGCCCAAAGAGGCUGGUAAGUAUGAUAUGAACAAGGACUCUGUCUUCCUAAAGGACUCUGUACGAGAAAGGUAUAUCUUUAACGCCCUACAGACAUCAAGUGUGUGCCAUACUUUCUCCUGUCUGUGUACUGGUGAGGGACAGAAGUCUGGAAGCACUAGUUCCUGUGCUCGGUGAAAGACCGUAUUUACUUUGGUCAUGAAGGUAGGAUCUAGUCUGAGAAUCACUCUAUUGGAGUGUAACACACAUAGGUCUUUUCUGACCAAAAGAGCUGCAAGUUCAGAAACUCUGCGUGCUGACGUAAUUGCUACUAGAAAUGAGACUUUGAAUGAUAGGAAACGCAGGGCGACAUCUCUCAGAGGCUCAAAUGGAGGCUUGGUCAGUGCUGUCAGAACCACAUUGAGCCUCCAUGUUGGGAAACGGUGAACCAUCGGAGGUCACAAAUUAGAGGCACCUCUCAGAAAAAUACGGAUUAGAGGAUCCUUGGCUGCCACUGUGAAUGCGCCUCCAGCCAUCACUGAGGAGAGUGCCGCCACUUGCCUUUGCAAUGUGUUAGGCACCAAGCCUUUUUUGAAUCCACUUUGCAGAAAUCGUAAAAUUUGGAAAACAGACGCUUCAGUAGGUACCACAGAAUUGUCCCUGCACCAGGUGCAGAAGGAUCUCCAAGAGUUCUCGUAAAUACGAGUGGUAGAAGGCCUACGAGAGGCUUGAAGAAUUUCAAUCACCUCGUCCGGGAGGUUCGAGGACUUCAGGAAACCCCGCUCAACCUCCAGACGGUGAGCUGGAAUCAUUGCGGAUCUGGGUGAUUGAGUGGCCCCUGAGUUAGAAUGACCUCGCUGUUCAGAAUCCUCCAAUGUGGUGCCACAGAUAAAGACAGAAGGUCCGCAAACCAAGGCCUCUUCGGCCAAUGAGGUGCAACCAAGAUGAUUUCCGCUCCAUAUUCCAGAAUUUUGGAAAUGACUCGUGGAAUCAGAGACAGAGGGGGGAAUGCAUAUAUUAGUCCGGGAGGCCACGGGCACCUCAGGGCAUCUAUUCCCUCUGCUCUCAGAGAAGGAUAUCGGGAGAAAAAUCUCGGAACCUGAGGGUUGAGGCAAAUAGAUCCACUGAUGGCCAACCGAAUCUGGUCACAAGUCGCUGGAUCAAGGAUGGAUGUAGAGACCACUCCGUCGGGUCUACUGUGUCGUGACUGAGUGAAUCCGCCCAGGUAUUCGUGAUCCCUGAUAUAUGGGCCGCUGCCAAGGAAAUCAGGUUGGUCUCUGCCCAGAGGCCGAGACGUAGGAUCUCGCGCAUCAAAGACAUUGAGUGAGUACCGCCCAACUUGUUCACGUGUGCUUUGGCAGUCAUAUUGUCUGUCAGGAUCAAAACAUCCUGACCCGUGACCAAGUUGCUGAAGCUGCAAAGUGCCAGGUAAAUGGGCCUGAGCUCUAGUAAGUUGAUGUUCAGUCGACACUCGUUGUCGGUCCAGCGGCCCUGAGCCAUGUGAGGGCCCAGAUGGGCGCCUCAAGCUGGCAUCUGUGGUUAUUGUAAUUUUUGAAGGCUCCCUGAAACUGGUGCCCUUGCUCAUGGCAUCGGAAAUCCACCACGCUAGGGAGUCCCUGACUUCUGAGGUAAGACAACCUGUCUGUGGUCUGAGCUGUGAUGACAGCGUUGAUGUGGUAGCAGAAACCAUUGUAACGGCCUGCAGUGAAGACGGGACCAGGGUACUAUACCAAAAGUCGACACCAUCUUACCCAAGAGUUGGGAUAGUUGUAGGAUAGAGGAGUGUCUACGAUUCCUACAGCGGGAAGCUAAGGAUGAAAGGCUACUUCUACGGUCCUUGGACAGAAAGACCAUAAGCUCCGUGGUAUCUAAUUGAGCACCCAGGUGUAGAAUUUGAGUGCUUGGAUGAAGAUUGCUCUUCUCCCAAUUAAUACAGAAUCCGUGGGCUUGGAGUUCCCUGACAGUGAUUUCUAAGUCUCGUUUGGCUGAGUCAUAAGUGUCUGAUAGUAUGAGGAUAUCAUCAAGAUGCCUGUAUUCUGACAGGGAAGGAACGAAUAUGGGCUAUUAGAGCCGCCAGAACUUUUGUGAAAACUCUCGGGGCCAAAGAAAGACCAAAUGGGAGUGCUCGGUACUGGAAAUGUCAUCCCGAGUAACAGAAGCGAAGGUAUUUAUGAAAUCGGGAGUGAAUAGGGAUAUGGAGGUAAGCCUCCGACAAAUCAAUAGAGGCCAAAAAGUCCCCUGGACAAAUGCUGUUCAGGAUAGAGGAUAGAGUGGACAUCUUGAACCGGUGGUAUUUAAUGUACCGGUUCAAUGACUUUAAAUCGAGAAUAGCCUCCAGCCCCCCGAGAUUUUGGGCACGAUAAAGAGUCGUGAGUAAAAUCCAAGUCCGCAUUCCUCCUGGGGAAUAGGCUCAAUAGCCCCAAUUGAGAUAAGGUGGGCAAUUGCCGAAUUAAUUAAAGCCCUGGACGAAAGUUGUCGAGAAACGGGACAGCGGACAAAAACCCUCGGGGGUCUGGAGAGGAACUCAAGGGAAAGUCCCUCCUCAAUGAUCUUCUUAACCCACGUAUCAGAAGUGGUCAAGUUCCAAAUGGGGAAGAAGUGGGAAAGUCGGGACCCUAUUGGGAUAAACUCUACUUCACUUGGACCUUCUGAAAGGUCGGCUUUUACCUCCCCUAUAGGGUCUACGGGAGGGGAACCUGGAUCCCUGUCUGCCCUGUAAAUUCCGCUGGGGAUUACUGACCUGUCCGAAGGUGCGUUGAACUCGCUGCUGGUUAUGAGUCUGAGGUCCGAAAGGACUGGGGCCUCUUGUAUGGCUGGUUGCGUGAAUCACCACAGCGAAAUGUUGAGGGCAGCACUUUAUGCUUGUCGCGUGUCUCAAUAAGUAGAGGUUCUAAUGGAGCUCUGAACAGCUUGUCUCCUGAAAAAGGGGAAGCUGCUAGGCGCCACUUAUUACGUGCGUCGGCCUGCCAAUGUCGCAGCCAUAGGAGAUGGCUUAAUGUAACUGAGGCCCCUAUGGCUUUAGCCGCAAAACGAGCUGCAUUGAGGGUCGCGUCCGCUGAAUACUCCAACGAGGCUCAAAUCUUGUUCAGAUCUCGGUGAGACCUGACAUCAGCCGCUGGUAUGCGCUCUUGGAGCCGUUUGAGCCAAAUCAGCGACGCGCGAUCGAAGAAUGAAGACAUGGCUGCUCGGGCCGCCCAGGCAGCCGCCUGAUGGUUCUUAAUAAGGAUUCUCUCGGUCCGCUUAUCGUCAAUCCGUAAUGACUCCUCCAGCGGACUGCAACUGGCGUUGACGAGGUCAAAGCAACAAUAGGCGCAUCUACGGUAGGGACCUGAAGAGCCGACUCUAAAAUGGAGGCCACGCUGUAGUUUUUUAUCUAGAUUAUUCGGGACUGGCCCCGAUCCCAGAACAGUCCAUUGUCUUUCUGCCACGUCAACAAACAAUUUGGGUGCAGGCACUUUCUCACCCUCGGAAGCUGGUUCCGCGAAGAAAGCACUGGUAGGUUCUGAGGAUCCUGCAGUCUCAGGGUUAGGACGUGAACCCCCCAGUAGUGGUCAGAGCUUUGUGAGAGAUAGAUCUAAACAUAUGUGGGUUGAAUAGACCCACAAAUGUGGGUUGAUCAGGUUCCAGAUCUUCAUCGUCCGAAAGGGCCUCUUCCCUGUGAGAUUCCUCACCUGACCAAAUCCCUCUAAAUCCUGGUCUUGAUAAGACCUGUUGUCCUCCAUUACUGCAGUUUGUGGUCACUCAUGCGUGCGUGGAUUACAAGGCUUGCUGGGGGCCAUAUUAGGCUGAAGGCACUGAGAUAGGCUUGUUUUUAUUACCUCAGAAAUCAUGUGGCCAAAGGCCUCAGGUACUAGAAAGUUCUGAGCCUGACCAGCAGCCGAACCUUGCAUGGGAGCCAUCCCUAGAUUAGGUUGAGAAGGACACGUUGAAUUUGGAGUUGGAGAGGAAGUAAUUAAUGGAGCUUGAGAGGAGCAGGCUGGAGGCAUGUUUGAAGAUCCAGCAAAGGGCUGGAUGAUGGGCUCUGGAAGAAGCUGGAAAAGAGCUUCCACAUGAGCUGCAGAUUGGUGGGAAGAGCUAGUGGAAUGGUCUGGAGACCAGGUAUUAGCAGAUGCCUGAGGAAAAACUUCUAAGCAUGGGCUUAGCUCCCUUACUGGAGCAGUUGCUAGCCCUAUAGAUGUGGAAGGCAUGUUGUCCCUGUUCUGGGACCGUGCCUUAUCAAUAGCCCUCUCAAGAGCUCUAUGCCGGCGUUCCUCAGCCUUAUUUAGUUUGCCUGGCUUGUUUUUAGUUGAAUUAACCCUGGUCUUCUUUUUGUGGCCUGAAAGGGAACCCUCCCCAGGACUCACACCACGAUCUGAUCGAUUAUCUGAAGGGGCGUCCGCCAUCUUAAGUUGUUCCCGCCAAAAGUAACCGUCACUAGUACUCACAGUUGUGAUGAUCUAAUGAGGCCAAAGCACCAUGCCUGAGGCAAAAAGCCUUCCAACAGGGUCAAGGGAGGCAGAAACUCACUCUCCCUUCUUUCACUGAGCCAGCGGCUCGAAGCUAUUCAAACAGCGCGAAAUAAGCUGCUCGCGUCCAUCAGCUGUAGAGCAGAGUUAAUGAGGCAGCCGGAAAGCCUUUGAAGCCGGAGCUGCGAUCAGAUAAGGCCUCAAGCUGGUGUGGAAUUGUUCGUCGCGCCAGCCAGUUGCAGAGCGAAGGCUCUUGAAAGCAGCUAAGGUGCCCUCCCUGAGAGGGAUUGUGGGCUGGGGAGCUGUCAGAAUCGCUUCCCCCUCAGGCGCUGCCAGCUGGCAGCCCUGCGCCGACACAAGCGGCCUUCAGCGGCUACGGGAAAAGGCCCUCCUCGCCAGAACGAAGCCUCCGUGAUCAACAGGAAUUUCUCUCCCAAAGUUCAACUGAUAAUCAGGUUUGGUUAUUAUCGAUGGUCUGAGCAGGGGUAGACACAUCCAGUCCUCUGCUAAGACCGAGUUGAAAAGCUGGAAGGCAAAGGAGGCGGAGUCAAAAGAAUUGAGCAGACUCGGUCCUGAUUGGCUAGACACGGGAGAAACCCCAGCCUGACUGGCGUUUCCACUGACUGAGGGAAGAAACAGUUUUUAUACUGAACUUAAAAAGGCUAUUUAUUUUAAUUAAGUUUUAUGGGAAUGAUUAAUGUUUAUGCAUUUUUAUAAUUGGUUAGCUUUUUUAAAUUGAAUGUAUUUUAAGUAAAACAGCAGAAACUAAUGGUGAUAUUUUGUUAUACAUAAUUUAUUUUGGAAUUUCCCACUCAUUCAGUGUAUAUUUUAUAUUUUUAAAAGUGGUUCAAAUAAGAUCAAGAUUAAAAGUAAAAAUAAGGAAUGUUGAUGCAGCACUUGUAAUAGAGAUAAACACUAAAACUGAUGAUAGAAUCCUCAGAUUUAAUAAUUGGAGGUUACUGAGGUAGAUAUCUGAUGUUUCCACUAUUACACCAAGAAUCUUAGUCACUGCUUUCCUGAACAGUAAAACUUUAACCUAUUGUGAAAUGCCUUCAUCUUAUUAAACUGAAAAAAAAACUUUAAAUGGUAA